AUGGACGCCCAACAGCUAGCUCAAGUGGAAGCCCUCUGCGAAACGCUUUACACGGGCGUUCCUUCCACGAAUGCCGACGGAGAACCCAUCACACUGCAAGAAGCCCAACAACGACUCCUCAGCUUACGGACCUCUGCAGAAUACAUUCCUCAAUGCCAAUACAUUCUGGACAAUUCAAGUUCGCAAUACGCUCGUUUGGUGGCCACAAAUUCUUUGACGGAACUCAUAACGGUGCAUUGGAAUUCUUUUACCAUCCCUCAACGCAUUGACAUUCGCAACUACGUUUUGGGGUAUCUGGCGAACAACGGGCCUCAAUUACAAGACUAUGUGGUCACCUCCUUGAUCAAAUUGGUCUGUCGGAUUACCAAAUUGGGAUGGUUCGAUGAUAACGUUCAUCGGGAGUUGGCGGACGAUGUUACCAAGUUCUUGCAGGCUACUGUCGACCAUUGUAUACUGGGACUCAAAAUAUUGAACCAAUUGGUAGAUGAACUCAAUAUACCAACCUUGGGAAGAACACUCACACAACAUCGAAAGACUAGCGUAAGCUUUCGGGAUGUAUGCUUGCUCAAAGUCUUUCAAUUGGGGUUGACCACGCUGAAACAACUUCAGACACGAGCCAUAAGUACGUGCCAAUGUUAUCAAAUCCUGCUGGAUCCUGCAGGGUCCACCGACUUGCACUCCAACGACACACAUGCCAUGUAUCUCACAAUAACAUUCCUUCUUUCUUCCUUUCUUCGUUCUUUCAUUCAAUCGAUUGCCACAGCCGCAGAACCACGCCAAGAGGCCACAAUGGGGGAACAAGCAUUAGGCCUUUGUGUUCGAUGUUUGAGCUUUGAUUUCAUUGGUACCAACCCGGACGAGUCAACAGAGGAUGUGGGAACUAUUCAAGCACCAACAUCAUGGAGACCCCUAUUGUCAGAUCCCGCCACCACAGAGCUAAUGUUUGAGUUUUAUGCCAACACGGAACCACCACGAUCGUCCAAAGCCAUGGAGGCUAUCAUUCUCAUGGCGUCGGUCCGACGAUCCAUCUUUCCUACCGACAAGGAUCGUGGUGCGUUUUUAGCAAGACUCAUCAAUGGUAUUCGAGAGAUGCUUUCCCAACAAACGGGACUUCAACACCAAGACAACUAUCAUCAGUUUUGCCGAUUGCUGGGGCGCCUAAAGGCCAACUACCAGCUGUCAGAACUCGUCAAGACGGAUGGUUACAUGGAAUGGCUCGAACUUGCUGCCUCUUUUACAGUCCAAUCCAUACGCAACUGGCAAUACAGUACCAACUCGAUACACUAUCUCCUCUCUCUAUGGGGACGUUUAGUAGCAGCAGUACCCUAUGUCCGACCAGAAACGGGGGCUCAAGGACACGUCCAAAGUUUGGAAAAGCAAGUUUUGACAGUGGUAGAAACAUACAUAGAUGGCAUGUUGGGAUCGGUGGAAGCAGUCUUGCGCAGUGACGGAGCCUUGGAGAAUCCACUGGAUGACGAUGGUUCCCUAAGAGAACAAAUGGAUCGGUUGCCCGUCAUAUGUCGAUUCCAAUACGCGCAAGUCGCACAAAUGAUACUCAACAAGUUUGAUCCACUCAUGUCGCAAUACCAAGAUUUGAUACAACGAUUGGGAAGCAAUCCUACGAGUUCGGCACCGACUGAUGUUCAACAAACACUGGCUAUUAUUGAAGGACAGUUGACUUGGUUGACCUUUAUUAUUGGAAGUGUUGUCGGGGGGCACAGUUGGUCCUCCGCUCAUCUAGGGGAGGGUGACGAGACGAUUGAUGCAAGUCUGAGUCGGCGGGCACUCCAAUUAGCCCAAGGCAUAGAUUACCGAUUGACUGCUUCCAGUGGACAGGGUCGAGCGGAUCCAAUGUUGGAACAAGCUUUGUUGUUUUACUUUCAAAACUUUCGACGAGUGUACAUGUUCAUGUGGGACCAAAUGUCUGGCUCCAGCUCUUCGGCGAGUAGUGACAGCUUGUCUGUGGGCAUGAUUGUGGCCAAAUUGGAUUCGGCCCCUUCCAGCAAACAAAAGAUUUACCAGCGCAUGUUUGAGCAUUUGGGAAUGGGUGAUCAUACGGUGGUUGCAAAUAUCAUUGUGACCAAAAUGGGGAAUAACCUGAAGUAUUGGCCAGAUGACAAUGAUAUUACUGGGAAAACGCUGGAUUUACUACACGACAUGGCGGGUGGAUACAGUAGUUCAAAGCUCUUGUUGAAUCUUGAGACGGUUCGGUUUUUGGCCAUGCACCACACGGAGGAUCACUUUCCAUUCUUGGCGAUCCCCUCCAAUGCGAGACAUCGAACAACGUUUCACUCGACUCUGACACGGCUACUCUUGUCACCGAAUGGUGAAGACAAGCUGGGUCUGACGUUCGAGCAAUUCCUAGAACCAAUUGUCAAUACCAUUGGACAGCUAGGAUUACUUUCACCGAAUGAUCUGCGCAGUGAAAACUGUCGAAGACCGUUGAUUGGUGUCUUUCGAGAUUUGAGAGGUAUCACUGCCAGUCUUCACAAUCGGAAGGCGUACAGUUCUCUCUUUGAAAUCCUCCACCCCACCCACCUCCCACUCCUCCCAAAGGUUGCUGACCUUUGGUACGAUCAAACGGAUGUGAUUAUCAGUUUACUGCGUUUUCUGCAAGAAUUCUGUCACAACAAGGCAAAUCGAGUCAAUUUUGACCAAAGCAGUCCCAAUGGAAUUCUUCUAUUUCGGUGCACCAGUGAAGUCGUUUGUGCUUAUGGUAGACGGUUGCUCGCCACACCACCACCAAGUAGCACCGACCCCGAAAUCUACAAGAAGCGAUACAAGGGUCUAUCGUUGUCUCUGCUUGUGUUGAAUUCCGCACUCGGAGGCAACUACGUUUGUUUUGGCGUCUUUGAACUCUACAAUGAUCGGGCGCUGGAAAGUGCUCUUGACGUUGCAUUGCAAAUGGUUCUUUCCGUUCCAAUGGAAGAUAUCAAUGCAUAUCCAAAGUUGAGCAAAGCUUACUAUAGCUUUGUUGAGAUUCUGUUCCGCAGUCACAGGAAGACUGUUUUUGCAUUGGAUACCAGCAUUUUCAUGCAAAUAAUGACCACUGUUCACGACGGAUUGCAAUCGAGCGACCCCUCGAUUAGCUCCUUUUGUGCGAAUACCGUAGAUCACAUGACGACCUACUACUUCAACAACAGUGGAAAGGACAAGGUGCCGAUGCACAAUUUGAACAAGCACAUUGCUGCCCAGCCAAAUCUUUUCUCAAGUUUGACUGCUACGCUCUUCAAUUUGUUGCUCUUUGGACCUCCACAGAAUCACUGGGCGGUCAUGCGACCAAUGCUCAGUCUCAUGUUGGCUAGCGAAUCUAGUUUCGCGCAAUACAAGGACCACCUGUUGAGCACGCAAUCACCAGAAAAUCAAGUCGCGCUGAACGAGGCUCUGACGAAACUACUCGCCGACGUGAAUCGGAGCUUGGACAGCGCCAACCGCGACCGAUUCACACAAAAGCUGACAGCCUUCCGUGUUGCCACUCGAGGCUUCUUGACGCUGUAG